AUGUCAUUAACACUUCUUAAUCAUCACCAGGACUGUCUUUCUAAAACCAAUUCGAAGAAGGGCAUCUUUUCAUUCCUAUUACAACAUGGAAUGAAAGAUUUCUUUCUGAAUUAUUUCCUUCCAGAUUUUUUCUCACCUCAAGAAAUGAUUCAAACUUUCUGUUCUCCUCAUUCAUCGAAUCGAGCCUUGCGAAAGCAAAUUCUCACUUGUGAAUCACUCUGGGAUUUGCAAUUUAAAUACUUGUUUCCAACAUUGUAUGAAAUGAAACAUCAACUAUUGAACACCAAUCAGUGGUGGACGUUACAACGACAAGAACGACUAAAUCACUUACUGAAUGAAUCACAAAGUAGUACACUCACUAUUUAUUCAUCGGAUGGUCAAUCAUUAAUUCCGCUCGAUCAAAAUGAAGAGUACACCAAAGAAAUGAUUCAAAUUAGUUGCAGAAAUGAGUUCAUGAGUCUGAUCGUUGAUCAUGCUUUUUAUGAAACCAAUUUCAAUGAAAACUCGACACGCUGUGCUUAUGCCAAAAAUUUCAUUCUUUUUCGUUUUUUUUUCUUGAUGAUCAAAAGUAAUCGAUCAUUGGCCAACACUCAAGCAAGAGAGGAAGGGUUAUCAAUUCAUAAAAUCAUGCAGAACAAUUAUUUCAAACAAGAAGAAACUCUGAAACAACCACUACUGUAUACAGUUGAAAAUUGGCAGACUAAAUUGCCUCCCCGAGGAGUGAUCAUGAUGAAGUAUGGAAAAAUCUACGAGUCCUUACUCGUGGACAUGAUCUUUAAAACCAAUAAGCCUCUUACUGCAUAUUCUCUUCUGAAAUUUGGUUGGAGUCAUGCCUGCGAUGAUGAUAAAUUGUCCAAUGAUGAUCAUGAUGAUGAAACCAAUUCCAAGAACCUCUACUUUCCUUAUAUUGAUUUUUCUUAUGGUAAUCAUCGAAGUUAUUACAAUCGAUUCUUUCAAAUUCAUCCCUUUGUCAAAUUAACUGAAUUCCAAACAAAGAAGAAGAGAAUGAUGGUCAUCACCGGAGAGAAGAAAUUACUGAACUUUUUUGUUUGA